AUGACUGAUCCUUAUUCCAAUUUCUUUACAGAUUGGUUCAAAGCCAAUCCUUUUCACCAUUACCCUACUUUCUCCACUAACCCACAACCUCCUCCUCCUCCUCCCUCUCCCUUCUUCUUCUUCCCUAACUCCGGCGACCUGUGCUGUCCACCACCACCACCAAAUCCUCCUUCCCCUCCUCUCCGUGAAGUCCUCCCUCUCCUGAGUCUCAGCCCCGCCAACAACCAACAGGACCACCAUGGCCAUCUAAUUCAAGAACCACCUUCAACCUCCAUGGAUGUUGAUGACCACGAUCAUCAUCACCAUCGGGAUGAUCAUAAUCUAGAUGACCAUGACGUCCCCGUUUCUCUUCACAUAGGCCUCCCAACUCCAAAACCUAGUACUCAAGAUAUGGCCUCUUUGUUCAUGAUGUCUUCUUCCUCAUCUUCCUCGAAGACUACGCAUCAUCAUGAGAAUAUGAACAACCAGAAAGAUCUCGACAACGACUACCAUCACGACGGCACGUGUGGCGGAGAAGAUGAAGAUGAAGAUUCAAUCGGCGAAGACGGCACAUGUAGAAUCAGCAGACUCAACAAGGGUCAAUAUUGGAUCCCUACACCUUCUCAGAUCCUCAUUGGCCCGACUCAGUUCUCCUGUCCUGUUUGUUUCAAAACCUUCAACAGAUACAACAACAUGCAGAUGCAUAUGUGGGGACAUGGAUCACAAUACAGAAAAGGGUCCGAAUCUCUAAGAGGAACGCAGCCAACCGGAAUGCUUAGGCUUCCGUGCUAUUGCUGCGCACCGAGCUGUCGCAACAACAUUGACCAUCCAAGGGCAAAGCCUCUCAAAGACUUCAGAACACUUCAAACACAUUACAAGAGAAAGCAUGGAAUCAAACCCUUCAUGUGUAGGAAAUGUGGAAAGGCUUUCGCAGUCCGAGGGGACUGGAGAACACAUGAGAAGAAUUGUGGUAAGCUUUGGUAUUGCACUUGUGGAUCUGAUUUCAAGCACAAGCGAUCUCUGAAAGAUCACAUCAAGGCGUUUGGAAAUGGUCAUGGAGGUUAUGGAAUUGAUGGAUUUGAUGAUGAAGAUGAGCCUGCCUCUGAAAUAGAACAAUUAGACAAUGAUCAAGUGUCAACGCAGUCCAAAUAG